GUGUGGGUAACAGAGACAGAAACAUAUUUGUUCUCUGUUAAAUAAUUAAUACUUAAGUUACAUGAUUAAUAAUUAAGUACAGAUAACAGAGAAAGAUUGGAAGUAGUGUGUUUCCAUUAGCCUAUAUGUUAGUUUGGCAGCGUUGUGAGAUACAUGUGACUAACACAAUUUUUCAACAUCUAGAAAGUGAAAGUAAACUUGGUCAGGCAUCGAUUUUGAGAGGAAAUGGCUUCAAAAUCAGAAGAGGAUUAUUCCUGUCCUGUGUGCUUUGACAUCUACAAGGAUCCAGUCAUCAUGUUGUGUAGUCACAGUGUGUGUAAAGUCUGCCUGCAGCGGUUCUGGGAAACCAAAGGAUCCAGAGAGUGUCCAGUCUGCCGUAGAACAAGCUCAUUGGACCCUCCACCUAACCUGGCUCUAAGGAAUGUGUGUGAGGCGUUCUUGCAGGAGAAAAAUCAGAGAGCUUCAGCAGGAUCUGAGGUGCUCUGUAGCCUGCACAGUGAGAAGCUCAAGCUCUUCUGUCUGGAGGAUCAACAGCCUGUGUGUUUGGUGUGCCGUGACUCCAAAAAACACACUGGUCAUAAGUUCCACCCAAUAGAUGAAGCAGCACUUGACAGCAAGGAUGAACUGAAUAGUAAACUGCCACCCCUACAGAAGAAACUUGAGGCCUUUCAAAAGGCAAAGUUAAACUGUGAUGAAACAGCAAAGAACAUUAAGACUCAGGCCCAACACACAGAGGAGCAGAUCAAGCAGGACUUUGAGAAGCUUCACAAGUUUCUACGAGAUGAAGAGGCAGCCAGGAUUGCUGCACUGAGGAAGGAAGAGAAGCAGAAGAGUCAGAUGAUGAAGGAGAAGAUUGAGAAGAUGAGAAGAGAGAUCUCAUCUCUUUCAGACACCAUCAGAAGCAUAACAGAGAAGAUGGGAGCUGAUGAUGUCACAUUCCUACAGAGCUACAAGAGCACAGUGGAAAGAGCCCAGUGCACACUGCAGGAUCCAGAGAGGGUUUCAGGAGCUCUGAUCAAUGUGGCAAUGCACCUGGGCAACCUGAAGUUCAGAGUCUGGGAGAAGAUGCAGAAGACUGCUCAGUACACUCCUGUGACUCUGGAUCCCAACACUUCAAGCACAGAACUCAUCUUGUCUGAGGAUUUGACCAGUGUGAGAUGUGGUGAUAAGAGACAGCAGCUUCCUGAUAACCCAGAGAGGUUUAAAGCAUUUCCCUGUGCUCUGGGCUCUGAGUGGUUUUGGUCAGGGACUCACUGCUGGGACGUUGAGGUGGGAGACAGUACAGGCUGGGAGGUGGGUGUAAUAACAAAGUCUUCCCAGAGAGAGGGAACAUGUUUGUCAGACAGUAUGUUUACAGACGGAUGCUUCUUUGUGUAUCAUGACAAAAGUCAGAAAAGGUCACGUGUGAAUCAGUCAUAUAAUUGCCACAGGGAGAAUCCACAACCAAAUAUAGUAAGAGUAUACUUGACAGGAAUAAAGGUGUCAUUCUGUGAUCCUUUGAAUUCUAAACAUCUCUGCACUUUCACUAUCCAAGAUACCACUAUCCAAGGUUUGGAUUUGUUCAGUUCAUUUUUACGCAUUUUUGGAUCUGUGGAAGUGUUACCAUACUUUAAAACGACCUCCUCUCUGAGGAUCUUACCCGUGAAGGCCUCAGUAACAGUAGAGCAGCUCAGUUCAGACAAAUGCUGCAGGGUACCUCCUAAAGGAAAGAAACACUGAUCCCCAACAUCAGUGUGUUUGAGGACUACAGCACCCAGCAUAAAGUAUGUUGACAUUAUUAAACUAAUACAAAUUGUGAAACAAAACUGUAAAUGUCUGUGUUAGUUCCCCAGUCUUGUAGAGUUCACCCUUAUAUGAAUGAAUGGCCAUGACGCCCUGUUAACAAUUACAUGUUUUCUGACAGCACAGCUCUCCUUGGUCUCACACAUCAGAUGCAGCCAUAUACAAACAUGAGAUUAGGAUUUGUGUCCAUUGCCAAACACUUCUUCACAAUUAACACUGAGAAAACAAAUAAGAUGCAUGUCUUUGAUUACAAAUCUAUUCAGAAUCAUGCAGAUGUAAUAAUUAAUGAUAAGAGCAUACAGUCCAAGUUGGCUCCUAUAAUAUACUGUAUACCAAGGCAUACACACUGAUACUGACACUGAAACAGGGUGGUAGGGUAGUGGCUGUGCUAAUGCAGUAGCCUGAAAAGUUGUGGGUUUGUGGGGAAUUUCUGCUCAAUGGUGUUUUGAGCCCCCAACGUCGUCUUCCAGGCAGCGCUGCCACUGUUGAGCGGGGCACUUACCCCCUACCCCCUACCCCUAACUCUAACCCAUGCCUAACCCUAGCGCCUUUCAGGCAGUGCUGCCUUGAAGACAACGUUGGGGGCUCAAAACACCAAGAAACUGAAUUUUACAGUAAUUAGACAACACUUUAUCUGUUAAAUGACUACCCAAGGUGAAGGUGGCUUACUGACUACACCUUAAAGACAUGUUGACAUUUCAAGGAUGAUCUCAGUUAUUUUUCCCAAUAACCUCUGAGGUCAACCUCCCUGUCAGCUCUUUCAUUUUAGUUGUUCAAUCCAUCAAGAACACCCUGUUUAUCCUGUUUUGGUUUUAAAAUUGAUGGUAUGACUUUGUCUUAGACAGACUUGUUGCUCCCAUGCUCUAGGAUGCUUGUGUAAUAAUGUACCUGUGUGUGACUGAAUCUGUCUCCGGGGUUGGGCAUCAUGAAUUAAAGCUUUGCAA